AUGUUCUUCAAUUCUCUGUCUCUUUCAGUGAAACCAAUCUUUUUCCCUCUGGAAACAUGGAAGAGACAAGAUGCGCUUCUCUUUUUCCCAAAAUCUGCUACCCCAUCACAAAAACUUCUGUCCACAGGAGUGUCCACCAUAGCUUGUGCAAAACUGCCUAGUAAUGUUAAAACGCAGAGGCAUUUUGUUUUAGUCCAUGGAGCCUGUCAUGGAGCAUGGUGUUGGUAUAAAGUAUCGGCUCAGCUAAAAUCUUCAGGUCAUAAUGUUACAGCUUUGGACAUGGCUGCAUCAGGGGUGCAUCCAAAGCAAGUUCAUGAGCUCCAUUCAUUGGAGGACUAUUUUGAGCCCUUGAUGGAAUUCAUGGGGUCUUUGCCACCAGAAGAGAGAGUGGUCCUAGUGGGACAUAGCAUGAGUGGGAUAUGCAUUUCUGUUGCUAUGGAAAGGUUUCCAGAGAAAAUUUCAGCUGCCGUUUUUGCUGCAGCCGUUAUGCCUGGUCCUGAUUUAAGCUUCAAAGCAAUAGCAGAAAAGUCUUCUCCAACGCCAAUCUCCUACAUGGAUACAAAAUAUUUGUUUGGAAAUGGCCCUGACAACCCUCCGACUGCCUUAGUCCUUGGUCCCAACUACAUGGCAUCCAGGUUCUACCACCUUUCCCCACCUGAGGAUUUGAUGCUAGCUACAUUGUUGCUCAGACCUUUUCCUAUAUACAGUAGUUCAGAAACUGAAAAUGCUGUAAUUGUCACCAAGGAGAAAUAUGGAUCUGUUCGCCGGGUUUAUAUAGUAUGUGAACAAGAAAAUGAUCCUAAGCAAACAUGGAUGAUUGAAAACAAUCCGGUGGAUGAAGUGAUGGUCAUCUCUGGUUCUGAUCACAUGGCCAUGUUUUCUAAACCACAAGAGCUCUGCUCUUGCCUCCAGGACAUUGGUGAUAAAUACUUUUCUGCUGAACUGCCAGGGGCAGAAGUGGACAUAUCAUGCAAGGAAGCAACUCUGUUUGAUGAUCAUAAGAAGGGGAGUAAUUGA